UACCCCGCAUCCCACCUCUGCAGCCCAUCGUCAUUCACUCCCCCACCUCGACAUCUCCCUAUCGCUCCCGCAGUGAUCUCUGAGCGUACUCUCUGAGCGUACUCCAAUUCAAAAGCGAUCGGCCAGGCCGGCUGAUAUCGAACGAGUCUCGACUACUAGCUGGUGACAAGGGACUUUCACCCCCCAACCCCGGACUCACUCCCCUUCCACUCGCCAAUGUCUGCUGCACCUCCGCGGCUUGAGCCAUAGAAUACAUUUCUUCUCGACUGCCUCAACGCGCCGUCCCUCCUGAGCCUCCAGCAUGCUUCAAGCGCUCUUGGUCCAGGUUCAGCCCAAGCAGGGCAAUAUCGCCUCCAAGAACUUUCCUGUUGUCGGCUACUUUGGCGUCACUCCAGUCGUCCUCGCCGGUACAGUGCAUGUCAAGGUCGAGGAGGGUGGUCCCAAGAUCCCAAUCCGCUCCGUCCAAGUCGCCGUCCGAUGCUACGAGUCCCGGGAUAGUAUGCGCUCCACGCGCCGUGAUCACGUCAUCUACGAAAAGACCAAGCACAUCUGGCAUCCACCAGCUGGUGUGCAGGACGAGGUUCUCGAUGGUUGGGAACAGCCAUUCAAGCUCAGCAUCCCUCCAGAGGCUGCGGAGCUAGCGCGCGGAACUCAGAACUUGCGCGAGUGGCGCGUGCGGUGGCGUCUCGAGGUGAUGGUUGAGCACGUCCCAAUACCUCAUGUCGGUCACCGCGUCGCCCACGCAUACGACAUCAAUGUGUACGAUCACCGGAGCCCAUCUCCCUCCCUCCCCUCCCCACCCGCAGGUAUGGUCCUCGGCUCUGGGGCAACUGCCACACACGUUCACAUCAAUCCCCCACCUACAGCCUUCGGUCCAUCUGAAAGUCUGAACGUCUCUUUCUCUGUUCGGCCAGACGAUCCGUCUACCUCGGUCAAGAAGCUUCAGUUAAUUCUCGAGCGUCGCGUAGAAUUACUCGACGGCAGACGACCCGUGGGCGGAUCGACGGACGACUUGCCAACUCCGCGCCGCUCUAGAGUGCACAAUCUCUUCCGGGGCAGUUCCCCAUUGUCGAACCGUGGGACCAGCGAAAAGCCCGAACGUGUCAUCGUCACACGGAUAGCAGACGCGCUGUGCGAGGUGCCCCCACCGGGCCCCAACGGCGCGGUAUGGUCGAUGGGUUCGCUGCAGCUUCCACGACGAGGCCACAAUUGGGCCGUCGGAGAAACCACUCGCACACACUUGGCGGAUAUUUCUUUUGAGGCGCGUGUGAAAAUCACUGUCAAGAACAAGCACGAGCUCCCCCGCGCCCGCCUGAAGCGCGAGCAUUCGAGCGAGCCUUCCCCCGCCAUCCCCCGCCGCCGGCUGCAGCUGCCGUCGCUUGAUGCGCUCGGCCUCCGCCUCCCCAAGGUCAAAGAGGAGCGCCCUCUGCGCGACCGCCCCGCCACAGCCCCCUCCUUCGGCGUGUACGCCGCCAAGCCCCCGCCCUUCGGCUCGCGCCCCCAGACCUCUGCCGGUUUUGCAUUCAUCAUGCCUGCGCCGCGGCGCUGAUCCAUCCCCAGCCCCCAGUCCGGUGCCCUUCAUGUCUCAUCACUCAUCGUAGCAUAUUAUCAUCUGCAUGUAUCCACACUAGCGUCGGAGAGGAGGGGUG